AUGGAGAACGUAUCCAAAGAAAAUGCUCAGUUUUUCUUGAAAAACAUAAUCCUGCCAAAUGACAGGUCUUCAUGCAAAUCCGAAUCUUCUGCUUCCAAAGAGAAACAAAGUUGUGGAGGCAUAAAGAUAUUUCUUGGUGCAUUAUCUUUUGUUUACUUCGCUAAAGCAUUAUCAGGAAGUUAUCUGAAAAGUACCAUUACCCAAAUAGAAAGACGAUUUGAUAUUCCUUCUUCUCUGGUUGGUGUUAUUGAUGGCAGCUUUGAACUUGGGAACCUCCUAAUCAUAAUUCUUGUAAGCUACUUCGGAGCCAAACUUCACAGACCAAAGAUAAUUGGAGCAGGUUGCCUAAUAAUGUCAGUUGGAACAAUUUUUAUUGCAAUGCCCCAGUUCUUUAUGGGACGCUAUAGGUAUGAAAUAUUGCCUUCCUCCACAAACUCUUCUAUCAGCAUCUCUCCAUGUCUACAUAAUAAACGCCAGAUACCACUCUCAGUCUUGGAUGCAGGUUGUGAAAAAGAAGCUGGAACUUCCAUGUGGAUAUAUGUUUUUUUGGGGAAUCUUCUGCGUGGAAUUGGAGAGACUCCUAUUCAACCUUUGGGAAUUACCUAUAUUGAUGACUAUGCCAAUGAGGAGAGUGCUGCCUUUUACAUUGGGUGUGUACAGACAGUUGCGAUUAUAGGACCAAUAUUUGGCUUUCUUUUAGGUUCCCUGUGUGCCAAGCUAUAUGUUGACAUAGGCUUUGUGGACUUGGAUAGUAUAACAAUAACCCCCAAAGAUGCCCAGUGGGUAGGAGCUUGGUGGCUCGGUUAUUUAGUAGCUGGUAUAAUAAGUAUUCUGGCUGCCAUCCCAUUCUGGUUCUUACCGAAGCACCUAUCCAGACCAGAAAGCAGAAAGGAUUCCAAUACCUCUUCUGAACAGUCAAAGUUCAUCACUGAAGAUAACAGGGAGCAUCACAAACCUUAUACACAGCAACUGAAGAUAGUGGAAAUGGCAAAGGAUUUUCUUCCAUCACUGAAGAACCUCUUUGGAAAUCCAGUAUACUUUCUGUAUUUGUGUGCAAGCAUCAUUCAGUUCAAUUCUUUAAUUGGUAUGGUGACAUAUAAACCAAAAUAUAUUGAGCAACAGUAUGGGCAAUCAUCUUCAAAAACUAAUUUUGUCAUAGGUCUGAUCAACAUUCCCGCAGUGGCCUUUGGAAUAUUUUCUGGAGGACUGAUCAUGAAGAAGUUCAGGAUUAAUGUUGUAGGGGCAGCAAAGCUCUCCUUGGGAUCAUCCUUCUUUGGUUAUCUAUUGCUCUUUACCUUGUUUGCAAUGGGCUGUGAGAACUCAGAUGUGGCAGGAUUGACUGUGUCUUAUGAAGGAAUCAAACAGGUCUCUCAUUAUGAACAAGCCCUCUUUUCAGAAUGCAACUCUGGUUGCAUAUGUUCAGAAAAUGAAUGGGAUCCUAUAUGUGGGGAAAAUGGAAUCACAUAUGUGUCAGCUUGUCUAGCUGGUUGUAAGACAUCAAAUGGCAGCGGGAAAAAUGCUAUGUUACGUAACUGCAGCUGUGUGGAAAUUAUAGAAUCUCCAUCCAGAAGCUCAUCAGCAGUGACAGGGACAUGUCAAAAAGGAAGUGAAUGUGCAAACAUGUUUCUGUAUUUUCUGGUAAUAUCAGUCAUCACUUCAUAUACUUUGUCAAUAGGUAGCACACCUGGAUACAUAUUACUCUUAAGAUGCAUUAAUCCACAACUCAAAUCUUUUGCACUUGGAAUUUAUACCUUGGCAAUAAGAGUUCUCGCAGGCAUCCCUGCUCCGGUGUAUUUUGGAAUGUCAAUAGACACCACUUGCCUAAAAUGGGGAAGCAAAAGGUGUGGGGGAAGAGGAGCUUGUAGACUCUACGAUUCUAACGCAUUUAGAUAUGUGUAUCUGGGAUUGACUGUGGUUUUGGGCACCAUGUCAAUUUUCCUGAGCAUUGCUGUCCUUUUCAUUUUAAAGAAAAGGUUUGUUCUACAAGAUGAAAACAUUGCAGCCACUGGAGAAAGAGGAACAGUGUUGGCCAGGAACAGCAAAGACAAUUUUGUCACUUGUGACCAUUUAAUUCAGACAGCCUACUGGCCAGACAAAGAAACUCGCCUUUAGAAGGAGGGAUAUUUUGGAGGGAUGUGUUCUACAUGUGGAAGUCUAGUGUAGGAGUUCCAUGCCAAAUGCUCUAGAAGCAAA